AUAGCUCCAAGAUCUUCAUAGUACUAAUGUCUUAAACUCUCUCUCUCUCAAACUCCCUCCCUCUCUCUCUCUCUCUCCAAAGAAAAUCAGCAGAAGAAGUAAAUUGUUCAUGUCCUCGAUGAGAGAGAGAUCAUAAAGUUUUGAUUUUUUUUUCUUUCUGUUUUGCAUUAAAUGGCGAAGGAGAAAAUUUCUCUCAGAAGAUUAACCAUGGCGGCGUUUGCAGUUUCCUAAUUCUCUCGCCAUCAUUACUCUCAUCUGCUCCAAUCUCUCUCUCUCUCUCUCUCUCUCAAGAACAGCAACAACACUUCAAGCAAAGUCACAACAAUUAAAAAAAAGGUAUAAAUCCUUCGCAAACCCACAAAAAAUUCAAGAUCUUCUCCAAAGAUUCACCAAACCCUUCACGGACCAGACAAUCUCUCUCUCUCUCUCUCUGUGAUAUGGGUUGUGGUGGGAGGAAGAAAUGGCUGGGUUUUUCUAUCUAGGAGGCGGGAGAGAUCGUAACAACAACAGGCAAGAUCAUAAUCAUCAUCAAGAAAAAGAUCAAGAAGACAAAAGUAACUAUCUUUAUCUAUACAAGGACGAGAUCUACAACCCCAACAACAACAACAUCAACAGCAACAAGGGCUUUGAGAUAUGGCCUCCACAAUAUUUCCAAGAACAACAACAACAACAUCAACAGCAACAGCAUAUUUCUCCAGCGAACUUCUACUCGUUUGGCAUGGUCCCGAGUGGAAGCAGUAGCAGUAACAAUAACAGUAACAGCAACAACAAUCGCUGUCGGAAUUUCUACUUCAACGUUGUCUCCGAUGAGUCAUUGAGAUCUUCUGCUGGGUUCACGGUCACGAGACAAGGAGGCAUGAACUGCCAAGACUGUGGGAACCAAGCCAAGAAAGAUUGUGGCCACAUGAGAUGCCGUACUUGCUGUAAGAGCCGAGGGUUUCAGUGUUCGACGCACGUGAAGAGCACGUGGGUUCCGGCGGCCAAACGCCGCGAGCGCCAGGCCCAGCUCGCCGCUUUGCAGCAGCAGCAGCAGCAAGGCGGAGGCUGCAGCCGCGGAGAUAACGUCAAACGGCUGAGAGAGCCGAGCAGUGACGGCGGUAACGGAGAUGAUGGUGAUGAUGAUAAAGAGCUUGACCUUGUAGGCGGCGGAAGUGGAGGAGGAGGAUCUCUUGCUGUAACCCGCGUAGUGAAUGCGAGUUCUUCGGGGUUGGCGGUUGGUCACUUUCCACCGGAGGUGAAUUCUCCGGCGGUUUUCCGGUGCAUUAGGGUAAGCUCGAUCGACGAGGGGGAGGAAGAGUACGCAUAUCAAACGGCUGUGAACAUCGGAGGACAUGUCUUCAAGGGCAUUCUCUACGACCAGGGACCAGAUCACUCUCACAACCGCUACAGCUCAAGCCCUAACGCAGCCGCAGCUGACAGCUCUCAACACCUCAACCUCUUGGCCUUAACCGCAACCGCUACCGCAAACGCUGUUCCAACGGGGGUUACAGCCGGUAACAACAACGCUUCAUUGCUUGACCCUUCGUCGCUUUACCCGGCACCGCUUAACGCAUUUAUUACCAGUACGCCAUUUUUCCCACCUCCGAGGUCUUGACGAUGAUGAUGAUAACUGAUCCGUCGGUCGAAAUAGUUAUGAUAUCCUAUAAGGUGAGGAAUGUUGUUAUGAGAUAAUAUGAUUAUUUGAGUUUUUGUUAUAUGUCUCUUCUAUUUUUCGGGCGAUGUGAUGAUCUCUCCCCCUAGCUAGAAUGUUAGUGCUGAUUCACAUGCACCGUCGUAUGUUUAGAUGAUGAUCACGUUAAUGUUCGAAUUUCAAGAUGGAUUUCCUAAA